UAAAAUUUGGUAAAAGGAAUGAUCGAUAGUGGGAAAUUUUACGCAGAAUAAGCGAUAGCUGAGUGUGUCAUUACUUCCUACAGAAUUUGGUUCAUUUAUGAUAAGUUCGUGUAGUCGGUGUAAAUGCUUUUUGCAAUGUUCCCGUUCUUGCUAGUUUUAGUGUUAGCUAACAACGUUUUUUCACAACUGAAUGAUGACCUGUCGUUAAAGAUGAUCAAACUAUCAACUGGACUCCAACAAAAAUGUACCAAGAAUGCCGAUUCAUCCGCAAUGGCUGAAAUCAUAAUGUCAGCUCAGCAGACCAUGGCAUGUGCCAAUCAACAUUAUUCCAACGACAUAAAUGCAAAUGGUUACUGCACGAACGUUGGCGGUACUGUUAUAAAAUGUAUAGAAGGUCUUGCGGAUGCUUCAAAAAAGUGUUUGGAUGCAGACGAAAAAUAUUUUCCGGAUUUCGUUUUGAACGGGCAGAAGCGUAUCCUGGAUAAAUUUUGCAAGACAGAUUAUCAAAAUAGCAUUAACAAACUAGCGGCGAGUAAGUGUAAAGUACCAUUUGCGCAGCUCUUGAAUACGGAAUUUGUGUCAACCUGCGUACCGAAAUUAAAACUAAUCGAAAAUCUCGACAAGGGUGUGGUUUCAUUACAGAAGUCAGUAAUCUGUAGCGAUUUACAAUCAAUUAACACAUGUAUGGUGAAUAUUGUUAAAACCAACUGUGAAGUUGAUUCAAAGGACUUAAAGGUAUUCAGUGCAGUGUUUGAAGAAUACCAAGUGGAAUGUAAAACCAAUUCGGCAACGACAAAAGUUACGUUAUCAUUCACCACCUUAGGAUUUAUACUUUUAGUUUUGAAUUCACUGAAGUAGAUUACAAUGUUGUACAAACCCAGGCAAUAUCAAGAAAAAUGUGCGCGUUCAAGUAUCCUAUAUCCAUUUCCGUGGCGGAUUUCCCAUAAAAUAUUUUUUGUUAUCAACGCGAUUACUGUACGGUUAAAAUAAAACGAAUAAAGAUAAAAAAGUGUCAUAUUCUAUGUGCUAUAUAACUUAAUUAUGUAAACUUUCUUUAAAACCAAAGUAAACAAAAUUUUGAACUUCA